AUAUAGGCCUAUAUGUAUAGAUAUGCCUGACUGCUAAACCGUGAGGGCGGGACUAGGGAGUAGUGCAGUCUAGCUACAUAUGUUGAUACAGAUCAAAAAAACUGGACUAACAGCGUGCAUGCAUACGUUGUUCUUCGCGCAAACUAAUUUUUGUUUUAUAUGGAGAAGUUUUUCUUCGUGGGGAAAUUGUUAAAAAAGCCGCCCUCAACUCAACUGGCUCGGACAUUUUGGCGACCUGGCUGCAACAUUUGGGCCCUCCUCUGCCUCUGAACAAAGUGAAGGUUGAUAUGCCACAUCAGCCGCUGAAACCAGGAGAGAGUGGUUAUGUUUUCCGAGGAUGUAUGCUAGUUUACCCAGAGAGGAAAAACCAAGCAACAAACAACAACCACAACGAGUCUAAACAGAGUGAUGGAACCCAUGACGGUGACGACGUCGGUGGUCGGAUCGGACGAGUUUGACCGCAACGCCCCGCGGAUCUGCGGCGUGUGUGGUGACAAGGCCACUGGCUUUCACUUUAACGCUAUGACGUGUGAAGGCUGCAAGGGAUUCUUCAGGCGCAGUAUGAAGCGUAAAGCCUCCUUCACCUGUCCAUUCAACGGGAGCUGCACCAUCACCAAGGACAACCGGCGUCACUGCCAGGCCUGUCGUCUUAAACGCUGCAUUGACAUCGGCAUGAUGAAAGAGUUCAUCCUGACAGACGAAGAGGUUCAGAGGAAGAAGGAAAUGAUAUUGAAGAGGAAAGAGGAGGAGGCUGCCCGGGAGGCGAUGCGGCCACGGCUGAAUGAGGAGCAGGCCCGGAUCAUCUCGUCCCUGGUGGAAGCUCACCACAAGACCUACGAUGCCUCCUAUUCUGACUUCUCACGCUUCAGGCCUCCAGUGCGUGAAGGCCCAGUAACACGCAGUGCCAGCAGAGCUGCCUCCCUUCAUUCUCUGUCUGAUGCCUCCUCUGACUCAUUCAACCAUUCACCUGAGUCAGUGGACACCAAGAUGAACUUAAGCAACCUGUUAAUGAUGUACCAGGAUGGAGCUAGCAGUCCAGAUUCCAGUGAGGACGACACAAAGCUGUCCAUGCUGCCACACCUGGCUGAUCUGGUUUCCUACAGCAUCCAGAAGGUCAUAGGCUUUGCCAAGAUGAUCCCCGGCUUCAGAGAGCUAACAGCAGAAGACCAGAUUGCACUGUUGAAGUCGAGUGCCAUUGAGAUCAUCAUGCUGCGUUCAAACCAGUCGUUCAGUCUGGAGGACAUGUCCUGGAGCUGUGGAGGACCCGACUUCAAAUACUGCAUCAAUGAUGUUACAAAGGCGGGGCACACUCUGGAGCUGCUGGAGCCGUUGGUGAAGUUCCAGGUUGGUCUGAAGAAACUCAAUCUGCAUGAGGAGGAACAUGUGCUGCUCAUGGCCAUCUGCCUGCUCUCCCCAGAUCGUCCCGGUGUCCAAGACCACGGCCGCAUUGAGCAGCUCCAGGACCGUCUGUCAGAGACACUGCAGGCCUACAUCCGGGUCAACCACGCAGGCGGACGCCUCCUCUACGCCAAGAUGAUCCAGAAGCUGGCCGACCUGCGCAGCCUGAACGAGGAGCACUCCAAGCAGUACCGCUCGCUCUCUUUCCAGCCCGAACACAGCAUGCAGCUCACCCCGCUGGUGCUUGAAGUGUUUGGCAGCGAGGUGUCAUAGCAGAGGAGGAGGCACACUCGCACGUACACACUCAUCACACACAGGGUUAAUCAUCAGCGACCCUUACCUGGCUUUUCCCUAAGAAAACCCCAGCCCUGAUAUACCUGGACGUGUGGGAGAAAGAUGGCUAUCAGAUGGGUAGACAGUAACCUUCACCUCUUUAUCAUCUUCACAUCCUCAUCUUCCUUCGGACCUCAGGCAGCAAGACUCACAUACCUGGACCUCUGGAUUUACCCUGAAUAUGCUGUGGAAUUUAGCAGCAUUUCGAUAACCGGAAUAUAUUCUUACCUCUGGGUUUGCAAACACAGUACCACAUUAAAUUUCAUGAUAUCAUGCAGAUAUCCUGAGUCAUACACAUCUGGAACAGACAGACAUCCUCCUCCUCUCAACAUCCACAAAAUCGAAAAAUCACCUUUUCUCAUCACCACCUUUCCCCAAACAUCACUGCUAGAUUUCUGCCAAUUUUUUCACAGUGGUGACAGCUUGAUGGAUGUGACUGUCACAUCCCUGUUACCAUCAUCCUCAUAACAUUGCUCCAUGAUUGCAUCAUCGGUAUGAAAGACCGGAAUAGAUAAACACAUUUACAUCUAUUAACCAUGAUGGCACUUGUGAGGUACAGAUAAAUUAGUAGCAGUGUUACUACACAAGUGUUGGAUAGCUAUAAAAGUUAUGUUGUUGAUUUACAGUCUAUUGGCAGCAAAGACAUCCAAAUAUAUUAAGCGUCAACAUGGCCAGCCACGGGCAACCUUAAAACAAUGUAAUGGAAAUAGUUAGUUUACUGGUUUAAAAUACCCGGAUUAAGAUGGAAAUCUAGCAGGUGUGAUUUCCUUUUAAGCCCUAUGUAUCUGUGUUGUUUCUGUGUCUGUGAUUCAGACGGCCUCAGAUGGCCAGCUGAAACGAAGAAAGUUUAAGUGGGAAUAUUACAGCAUGGGAAUGGUGGGGAGAAAGGUGAGAUUUGGAGGAGGUAGCCGUGUUGGAUAGAUGGUGGGAGAUAUGGUUGGAAUUUCCUGUUCACAGGAUAAAAAGGAAUUUUACAAAACAAGAAUGUAUGUAUAAUGCUAUAUAAAUAUAAAUGAUACGUAUAAGCUGAUUUAUAUAAAUAUAUAUAUUUAAGAGAGUGAAACAUGGUUGCUUCCAUGGAAGCAAAGAGUGUUAUAAUGUAGAGGAUUUGAUGUUCCUCCUCAGGUGUGUGUGUGUUUGUGUGUGUGUGUCGUUGUUCAAAAGACAAAUGUACACACAGACACAUGCAUACGCACAUAAGAAAGCACUGAAAAGCGUGUGAGGAGUCCUUUUAUUUUUGUGAUGUGUGUACAGUAUAUGAGAAUAUUAAUGGGCCACAAGGGGGUGUGUGUACAGGCUCUGACUGAGGGUUUAGUGCAGGGACACACUUCUCUGUUGGAUUUUGUCGUUUUUGGACCUGUGAAGUUUGUAGACUGGCAUACGCAAACACAAUGUCAUGUUUUGUAGAUAGGGAUUAUCCAAAAAUAUUUGUCCGGCUUUUUAAAUUGCUGCUUAGACAGUUAGAGCUAGAUAGUUGGACAGAAACCAACUGCCGGCUAUUGCCUCAGGGAAAAGUUUGUCUGAUGAUAUUGUGUACUUGAUGUUUAUGGUGUGUGUGGCGUGAGCUUACAAUCAUAAGACAGAGAUUGUUUUUGAAACUCUAGGCAUCACUGUGAUUUCUAAUCAUACUAAAUAACAGCAUAAGUAAGCUAAAAGUGGAACUUUUUGAAAUAUUAAAUACUACGAAAUUUUCAUUACUAAGCUUAUGUGUUUAAUUAAAAACUCCUCUUAUGAAAUGGCUUGCAUAAUUAUACAAUCCAUUAGCGGUAAAAGUUGACAUACCCAUCAAUCUGAGUCAUCUGUGUUGAAUGAUUCCUUUCAGCCUUGAGUUUAGGUAAUUUUUUUUAGGGCAACAUGAAUAAUCUGCAGAUGGUAGCAAUGUACAGUGGUUAAACAAUGUACAGAUUAUAGUGUUUUUGGAAUGAAAUCCUUCAGAUGCCCUUAGUAUUAUAAAAUAACUUUUUAUAUUAAAUAUAAUAUCAAGCCUUCAUACCCUUUUGUCACAUUUAUAUAAUUUCAACACCAGCCACAUAAGCGAGGUUUAGGAUGUUUUCAACAUCACUACAUAUCAUAUCAUGUUUCUGUCGACAUAGUGCUCAUCCCUCACGCAGGCCUGGAACACCCCCUUGUGGACAAACUUUGUAAAUACCACUUGCUAAGUCUGUACAUAGUUAGUGAAUAAUGUAGGCAAAAUACUAAGAUAAUUAAAUUGUUGAUGGCAAGAUGCUCUGGAUAUACAGCACUAUAUGCAAUUAGGAGAUGGACUCUUAUAUUGUAUUCUACUAGAAUGGACAGAGUUGGCACCUUGGUCAAGUAGGGUUGCUUCAGGGUGCACUAAAGUAGACUGACAGAUUUGGGUUUGAACAGUAUAAUUUUUUGAUAUUUUUUUACUUUUGGCAGCCAAAAUUCAGCAAAUUUGACCAAUUCCAUAAAAACCAAAUACUGAUUUUAGGUGUUUCCACAGAAAGGAGCAGGUUUCACAGACCACCCAUCCAUUUUGGAUGAUGCUCUUACUUGGACAACGAUGGGACUCAGAAAUCUGAUGUGUUAUAACAAUAAUCAGAAUCAUAAUAAUAAACAAAGACUUCUUGUGACUCAAAAUUCCCAGUGGUGGUUGUGUUGAGCAUUCCAACUCAGUCUCACGCACGAUCUACACCCAAAACCUCAGUAUGAACAUCCUUAACUCUCCGGCAGUCUAUGAAAUGCACCCAAAAACUGAGGAUGUUCUUACCAGGAAGUGUCCUCUCUGUCCAUUCGAAGCUUAUGGAUGUAUGUCUUUAAUCUUUCCUUCUCUUUCUAAAGUCUAUCAAUAAGCUUUUGACAAUUAUAUAGUAUAUCCAUAAUAUUUUUAUUUUGGUGAAAAUCAGAUUCUUUUGUUCUUUAUAAGAUUGUCAAUUUUAAUUUGAGUUUGCUGUCUAGCUAGUGCUUGGCUUGCUGCUCUGAGUCAUCAUUUAAUGAAGCAUAGAUGAGCAUGGUGGACUCCUGGAGCCUUUUCCAAGUGCAAAUGAACCAGUUCCCCUUCCCUUGGUCCCUUGAUUUCAAGUGAGUGAAUAGGGAAUAACCCAUUGAUGUGGCUUCACUUCUUGUUUGGACAGGGAAUUGACACUGGCACAUUCCCCUUCCGUUUUCUAAUGGAAACCAGAGGAGAAAGAACACAGUGGAGCAAAAUCUUUUCAUUGUCAAUGGAAAGGCAGUCCCAGGCUCUGUAAAAAGGAAGCUACAUCUGCUUUUCCAGAAGCAGGAUGUCAAACACAAUCAAGUCAUCAUGAACUAAUACUGCCUCAACUGACACAGGAUUUAGCCAAUGGCAAGCUAUUGCAGCAACAGCAUGCGCGUGCCUCUUCAUUCAUCACCCCGACAUCUAACCACCUCUUCUUCUGCAAUAGCCUAUUACAGCAGGAUUACUCUUCAUAGCUUUAACUCAGCAGCCAGUCAGGCACUGGUUUCAGAAAACUGUGGUGCAUCAAGGACUGACGGGAUUUUGAGAUUUAGGGGAACAGCUGCUGUGGAAUCAGCCGUGUCACUUUACUGUGUAAAAGACAAUGCAGAAAUUACUCCUUUGUCCUGUUUGACCCAGUGAACCUUUAGAUUGGACCCCCAGAAGACUGUGUAGAAUCUGUAUAGAAGAUACUAGGAGAUAAAGUAUUUUUAAAAUGAGAAUCGCAGAUGUAAUGACAUGCUGUACAGGCAGAGUGUGCAGUGACUGACGAGAUGUUGCCUCCUAAACCCAAAGUGUGACAUCACCUUUCUCACUACUCUCGUGUCGCAGCUCUUGAAAUUCAGAUUAUUUUUUUUUACAAAUCAUUGUUGUUCUUUAAGAAUAGGUGUUGAAAUAUACAAGAGUGGACUUUUUACAUUCAACAUCAUCGUCUGUUUCAAUGCAGGACAGGGUGAUGGGGUGAGAGUCUGGUCCAUUUCAAGGGUUCUGAGAGUGAAACAUCAGUUAUUUAAUUUUGUUAUGCUGCUGUUGGACAUUACGUUGAUUUUCUGUGGAUAAUGGCUACAUUUUGGCUUGUAUGGAGAAUGUUAUAUGCCUGUAAGACAGAUCUGGCUUACAAUAUUUACACUAAUGGUUAACUGAGCCUUGUAGCUGAUGUGAGAGACCAUUAGUGCUCAAAUGAACCCAAUCAAGGUCGCAGACUCUCCCCUCUUAACCCUCCUCCCCUCAUCCCAGGUCAGCAGCUCCACCUCAGAAGCCUUACAUACAGAAACCUCACUCAGCUGGAAAUAUUUAACAGAUACCUCAAUAUUUUACAGGAUAACUAUUCACGAUGGCCUUUAAGGGAACCAAACAUGAACUCAUACCGCAGACAUACACUCACAGAGACACAACACAACUCUGUCCUCAGCAACCAGUGUUUUUAAGUCAAACAUACAGUAAACUAGUUGCCAGUUGUAUAAAGCAGAAGAUUGUCCAGUAGAAUCCUCUUGCCAGUUGACCAGUCAGUAUAUGAGUGGAUCCCAAUGUUUCUAAAUGUUUCUCUGCUUUACUCACUUGAUCCUCAUCUCUGCCUCAUUCUGUAUUUUAUGUCUUUGUUGUCUGUCUGUCUCUACAAACACAUGGCUUGCCGCUAAGCUUUGGCGCUGCGUUUAACCAAACAUACUACCUCUACGUUCCGCACACAUAUAUAUAUAUAUAUAUAUAUAUAUAUAUAUAUAUAUAUAUACAUAUAUAUAACUUGUAUCUUCAGAACAAAGACAAACGUUAAUGCUGCUAGCUGAGUUAGUUUUAGCAUGCAAGACAAUUAUAUACAACAGAAAAAAGGCCACGAUAGCUUACUUGAUUGGUGUUUUGGGUUAUUUUGUAACUGAGAAGUGUAAGUUUAUCAACCUAGUUUAUAAAGAGACAAUGAAUUAGAUGUGAUUAAACCAGAGAGAAAAAUGUCAAAGGCUUAAAGAACUAGUUCAACAUUUUGGGAACAAUAUUUUCUUACAGAGUUAGAUGAGAAGUUGAUACCCUUAUAAUCUCAUGUCAGUCGGUGAAAUGAAUGAAGCUACAGCCAGGAGAUGCUUAGCUUAGCCUUAAAAGUGGAAGCAGUUGAAACAGCUAGCCUGACUCUGUCCCUCAAGAUCACUAAUUAACACAUUAACAAAUAUGCAUGAAUUAUAUAACAAGAUAUAAUGUGCUCAUUAGUAAGCUUUAGAAGCACUUGUAAGCAUUUUUUAACCUUGGGCAGAGCUAAGGUAACUGUUUUCCUCUGAUUCCAGUUUUUAUGCUAGGCUAGAGAGACAUGAGAGUGGUAUUGUUCUUGUUGGCUAACUUGCAGGAAAACAAAUAAGCAUAUUUCCAUAAAUGAUGACAAAAAAACAGAAGGGACUCUUCAGCUCUGCUAGCUCUGCUAGCUUGAGUUUUUCAGGCAGUCUAAUAUAGAGAAUCCUAGAAUAGAGAUGAGCCACAAAUUUCAGAUAUGAUCAACAAAUUGGAAUACAGCCUGACUCUGCGAAACAGAAGGCAGUCGGUCCUACUUGAGUUUAGCCAUGUCUAUAAAAUGCGAUGAUGCUACUAAACAGGUAUUGUGAUUGUUGUGAUUGUCUGAUGGGACUCCACCGACUUAAAAGUGCUGGAUUGGUGUCGCACAGUUAAAAACCUCUUGAUUAGGUUUGUGUAAGUGCUUUCAGCUUAAACACAACUGUUAAGACCAAGGAUGAAGGUCUUGGAAUAGAUUUAUACCUACUUAGAAAAGGGAAGUGGUAGUUAGACUUUGAUAAGCGCUCUGUCCUAACAUCUAAAAUGUAAAAAGUAGUGGCUGUGGCCCUGGACUUAAUACCCAUUACCAGUGGUGUCCCUCUGUCAGCUUGGCUUUGUUAUUGAAGGUUUUGUCUGUGUUUGUCUCUAGCAGUAGCUUUCCUCAAAUUGAUUAGGGUUUGUAACAUUGGGAUCCCAUUUAGAUAUUCUAGAUCCAAAUAGUGUGUAUUUUAUGUACUCUACUUUUCCACUCUGCCUUCUUCUAACUCCCACUACCUCUGGUUUUAAAUCCUUUGUUUAUUUGCUGCUUUCACUCGUUUCAGAAAACCAGACCUUCAGAGUAUAUGCUAUCAACCAAUGACCUGUGUUUCAGCUCACAGCAUGUGGAAGUUAAUACUUCUUAAGUUUCAUUUAUAUCCACCAGCUGCUGUUGAUGCAAAGCUUUGGGCAGAAAUUGACAGACAUUGACAUAGAUUUUGACUUUCACUUGGAAAAACACCCAAUUUGUGUACUAGCUAAUAGCAAAAAAAUGAAAUAAAUAUUAGGAAGCAUAUUUGUUAAUUAAAUGUUCGCAAAAAAAAUUAAAUCAACAGAUUUAUGAGUAGAUAUCAGUUUGAAGUGGUCUCAGUUAAGGCCUGUGGCUCAUACUGAAAUAUUGUCACCCGUGUUUGAACCGUAGGAGAGCAGUAGAUAGAAAGUUGGCUUUUCUACUGUCAUAACGAACAGAUGGUUGUCAUUCGAGACAGAUUGUCACCUGUUGCUCUGAUUGCAUUUCUCUGCUACCUCUUUAAAUAUGCGCUUGCUCACACAAGCACUUAAACAACUGUGCUCACAGGCAAAUAUACACUCAUACUGACACCGAACACAGUACACACACUCAGAUAGACACACUCACAAAACACACACAUGUGUGCACUUAUUUCUCCCUCACCAGCAGUUUUUGCCAAUAAUGCACUUGUGUUUUUGUGUCUAAAUGCUGUGUGAUAUCUAAAAAAUUAUGUUGUCAUCAUCUAUAUUUUUCUUCUUUUUUAAAAACUCUAAUCUUUGUAGUAAGACCUGGGCUAGCCAGAUGGUUAGAAAUAAAUUGAACAUUAAUUAAUUCAGAACAUGCAGAAAGUUUCAUGUCUUUGAAAAAAAAUGCACAUAUUGCUCAGCUCAGUUGUACCUUGGUGUGCCUAGAACCCACAGCCUUAUUUUGGGACAAUAUCAGGGGUUUUAAACCAGAAUACAGGACUGCCUGUCUGCCUGUAUUGCUGAUGUUAAGAUAGUUUCAUUUAGUUUCAGUAACUGUUUUUUCUUUUCUUCAUAUUGACACAUUUGUUAGUUUCUGCAAUUGUUGUAUCGGAUUUAUGAGUAAACAAGCUCAUGGGAGGUGCAUGUUCUGACAAGGAUGUGCUAAGUCAGUGUUUUUCUGCUGGUUCUUUUGUUUCAAUCUGUACUUCUAUUAUAGUGUUUCAUGACAUUAUAUUUAUAGUUAUAGUUUUCAGUGACAGUUGGUUAUUAUGAUGCCUACCUGGUUAAAAAAUGUCUUUUCAAGUUAAAUUCUUACUGGUUGUGCUGAUGCAACAGAGUCUAAUGCACCUUUUUAACUGUUUCAUUUGACUUAAUUUAAGUUUAUUUUUAAGAAUGUCUAGCAGACUGUGACCUCCCAUAGGAUGAACUAUUCUCAUCAUUAGGAGAACAAAAGAAAAAAACAAGUUUAAAAUUGUAGUUGAUCUCAGCAGAGUCCCAAAAUAAGUACUUUUACCUUCACACAUGCACACCACCAUGCAGUGAAACUCACCAGAACUAGCAGAAACUUUUUCAACAUACAGUUGCCAUGGCAUCGCUAUUGAUGGCACCAUCAGUAGCCCUAUGUAUAGAAGAAAUAGUGUUAUACAUAUAGUAUCUUAACCAAUGUCUCUCUUUGUGGUCAAAAUCACCACCUGUUUUUUUAUGUUGCUCUUUUCUUUUUGCUCUUCUUGUCUUUGAAGUUGAUCCAUUGUACUUUGAUUACAUGCAUUGUAUGUAGUAAAAUACUGAUAAUGUUUUGGGGAAAUCACAAAUAAAACCGCUGUACAUAAUGAUGCAAAAUAUU